CAUAUAUCUUUUUUCACACUAUUGUUGAUAACGGUAUCAUGUUGUUGAAUCACGACGCUUUCUGAAACUGUAGAAGCUUCUGUAUUAGGUGGCGUUGUCGACGCAAGAAUGGUAUGGUCGUCCAUGGGUAACAGGUAAGCGCAAGAUAGUGUCAAAUAGCAGGAUAUUUUUUCAUGCCCGUUUCUGCUAGCAGUCACAGUGGCCGUCACAAUUUUUUGAAGAACGGAAGGACACGAGAAGAAACUGAAGGAAUUCAGUGCGCAUUUCCCCAACUUCGAACUUCCAUGGCUGCAAGGGUAACGGCUACACGCUUGACGAGAGUCAUACCUAGACUAUAUCCCCUCAUUUCGUUGUCAAGAUUACGGCCUACCAUUGUUAACCACUUGUCGACAUGCACUCUAAAGCCAGCUUCUGUCUUAUCACGGCGGUUACUAAGUACCCAGUCGGACAAUACUCCUGUUGUGUCAGAGUCUUGUUCGGGCUGCGGUGCCACACUGCAAGAAGCGGAUCCUAAUGGGUCUGGCUACAUCGAACGCAAGUCCGAGCGAAAAAGUCAGCCUUCAAAGCCUUCAGGCCCCAGUAUAUUAUCAGACAAGGACUACGAACAGCAUCUCGACACCUUGGACCCUGAAUUGAAAGAGCUACUGGGAAUCAAAGAAGAAGCGAACGAAACAAAAGAUGAUGUUCCAAAGACCACCUCUCGACAGCUAUGUUCACGAUGCCAUUCGUUGAUACACCAUAAAACCAGUACGACGUCAGACACACAAAAAUUUCUGCGCUCAUCUUUGCAAUACACAUCCCUAUCCUUUUUGAAGACCAAAAAUAAUGCUCUGAUAGUAUCCAUCAUUGAUAUUGGAGACAUUCCAUUUAGCAUUGAGCCGCUGAUUGCCGAACUCAACAGUAACCCAACGCAUCGUGUCCUGCUUGUAGCCAACAAAAUCGAUAUCUUGCCAAAGGAUGCUUUAAAGCAUCAGCAGAGAAUCAAGGACUGGAUCGUUCAACAAGCCAAGAGGAGUGGCCUCAACACUGCAUCCAUACUAGAUGUAGCCUUGGUCAGUGCUAUAAAGGGAUGGGGCAUUAAAUCGUUGCUACGAUCCAUAGAGUCGUACCGAAAUGCUACAGACGAUGUUUACGUUUUAGGAUGCACCAAUGUUGGUAAGUCCGCCGUUGUCAACGCCUUUUUGAAGCAAGGUGCAGCAAAGAAAGAGGAUGUGUCAGAUUACGCCAAACAGCACACUGCAAGAGUACGUCGUGAAUACCAGGUCACAAGUUCUCAUGUACCAGGCACUACCAUUGGGAGUAUCAAAAUACCGCUUCGUGUUGUUGGCAUUCGCGAUCCGUUAAACAACGACGAAGCGAGUAAGCGUUUCGUUACCAAAGAACGAUAUAUAAUAGAUACUCCGGGUAUCAUCAACGAAGACCAGUUAGUACAUUUGCUAGCUCCAAACGAAGUUCGAAAAUGGGAGGCGAGCAAAGAGCUAAAGCCAGUGACUUACCGUUUGGAAGUCGGUAAAAGUUUGUUGCUCAAACCCUUCAUUCGACUUGACUUGGUCAAAUCCACGCAGCCUAUUCUUAUAACCUUGUUUACCAAGAUGAUACCACAUUUCGUCAAAACUGAAAAACUUACCGAUGAAACAAACGCUAUUGGCCGAAGCAUCUCUCUCAAGCCACUUCCGCAUACUAUCAAACUCCAUGGCGAUCAUCCAUCCCACGCCACAGCUGAUAUCGCAUUUUCUAGUAUGGGAUGGGUAUCUGUAACCGGAGAUUUUGACAGAGCUGAGCUUCGUGUCUGGGUACCUACGAAUGCAGGCGAAAAUGCAAUAGAUGUGCGUACUCCUCCACUCCUUCCAUAUGAAUAUAAAGGAUCCAUACGCAAAUUCUAUGGCUCCGGUGAGCGGAGCCGACAGUAAAAAGCGUACAUUUAUGUGAUUUUCGUGUAUAUAGACUUUUAGCAUUUUGGUGUAGUAAUUCUGUCUUUUAUUGUUUUGGCACAAGGAAAAUGUGUCAUACUACUAGAGAUCUAUAAUAGCCCUCUAUGACCUACUUAUAUACAAUUACAUCUUA